AUGAAAGUCACGACUCCUUCAAGAGUUCUGACGUCACCAUGGGAUUUUGACUUUUUUAUUUAUAAUGGUGCCAUAGACAAGACAGCCUCAGACUUCUUAGCAUUCAAGGAACAUUUCAACUUGGUUUGGGGAAAUAUUUUUUCUCUCUUGGAACACAUCAAGAAGUUUCUCAGGGACUACGCAAUUCCAGAAGUCAAAAUAAAAGGGAGAAACUUGGUAGCUCUCCUUCCAGAGUUUGAGAUGAGGAAUAAACUUACCCGGUAUGACCUUCUCUCAGUGUUUGAAAACCCAGUUCACAUCCAAAUGCUGGUCAGUCUCCCAGGACAGAGGUACAAGGGCCAGGAUGGAAAGUCUGAGGCUGCCCUCAAGAUCCAAGCCACGUGGAAGUGCUUCCAAGCCAGGAAGCGCUUCCUCAUUUAUCGCCAGCAGAAGUGGGCAUCGGGCGUGAUCGCCAUCGCCUGGCUUCUGCACUGCCACAAGACGCGGCUGAAGAGGCUCCUGCAAGAAUCGCGUCAGAGGCACCUGGAGAACUUCCACACCCGAGCCAAGCAUCUGGCAGCCAACUGGAAUCGCAUCAGGACCUCCAGGAGGACUAUUAUCCAUAUCCCGUCAUUAGGGUACCCUCAGCCUGUGCGGGAACAUAUUGCCGAUUUCAGCACACAGCAGAACAUGCAGCUGGGGCGGCUGUGUGACAUCCUAGAUGCCAACGUGAGCGUCAUCUACAUCUGCUCCCAUCAUAUGAACGACGAGUUAGUGCUCUAUUACAAUAAAAUCCUAAGUCUGCACGCAGCUGUCAAGUCGGGGAACCUUAAGGACAGAAGUGACCUGCAGGACAGGUUCAAAAUUAUCACCCCUGAAGCUGUAAACAUCUUCCCUAUGAUGGAGCAGCUGAGUCAGCUGAUCACCAACCACCUGCACAUCCGGCGCUGGCUCUUUAAAGUGGACUGCGGGUUCGCAGGCAGCGGGACAGCGUUCUGUGACAUUCCUACCCACCUGCAGUGCUACAGGUGGGCACAGAAGGAGAGCAGCAGAUACAACCGUGAGGACUGGAGCCGGAAGUGGGCACACGAGCCAGCCUUGGUGAAGAUCUCCGAGGAGCUGGCGGGCAUUUUAGCACAGCACGCACAGCCAGUCAAUGAGAAACGGUUCCCGACGUGGAGGAAAUUCCUCCAAACAUUUCUCAGUCAAGGGGGCGUGAUUGAGGCAUUCCCACCUGCAGACAGUAUCACCAACCUGACGGUGGACAUGCUGAUAGAGCCCAGCGGGGAGAUCAGCGUGCUGUCCACGGGAGACCAGCUCCACGCCGAUGGCCCCUUAGUCUCCUCAGGCACCACCAUGCCCCAGGCCUCCGUGGACCCCCAGGUGCUCAGCCACUUGUGCCUCCAGAUUGGAAGAGCCUGCCAGAGGAGGGCUGUGGUCGGGUACUUCUCUGUAGACCUGGUGACGUUCAUCGACCCCAGCACCUUGGAGCAGCAGGUAUGGGCAACCGGCCUCAACCUCUCCUACAGUGACCAGUUGGCCCUGACUCAGCUCACCCUUUAUUUGACCAAUGGUCAUCUGGACUGCCAUGUGGGCACCCUGGAAGUGCCACGCUUCGUUCCAAAGGAAAGGAAGAGAACCCCCUGCACUCUACCCGAGCCGACACUGGCAACCAGUCGCUACGCAGUGAUGACCACCCAAUUGAGGCACAGCAAUCUCUCACUGGUUUUCCACUAUGUCUUCCUCAAGAUGUGUAGGGCCCAUGGCAUCGGUUAUGACCUUGAGAACAAUCGGCGAGGGUCUCCAGGGGGUCCUCAUGACCUUUGCCCACAAUCUCUUCAUCAUCCAUCAAGAGAUAUCAGCACCUAA